CACUAUUGCCACAGUCUUCCAACCUUUAUUCAAUGGAACCUGUUCUUCAGCUCAACCAUGGUCCUCGUCUUCACACCAACUGCUCUUUUCCUUCUAAUCUGCUACACAAACACCAUCUUUUGAUUCUUUUUGAACUCCAAUGGCUUCAAUCUCCUAUGCCUAUGAUACAGCAAAAGUGGACACCCAUUUUUCUACUCCUUUCUUUUUCUUGUUUUUUGGUUUUUGUCAUUGUUAAAACCUACAUUUUAAAGCCCUCUCCAAUUUGCCUUGUAGACUUCUCAUGUUUCAAGCCACCCAACUUCUGCAAAGUACCAUCAUCUAAGUUUCUUGAACAUUCAUCCAUGAUCGAAUCCUUUGAUUGUGAAAGUGUAGCUUUCAUGGCCAAAAUCCUCACUUCUUCAGGGCAAAGUGAAGAGACCUAUCUUCCUCCAGCCUUGCAUCACAUUCCUCCGAAAACCGAUUAUCAAGAAUCCAUUAAAGAAGUAGAAAUGGUUCUUUUCCCUGUUGUAGAAGACCUUCUCUCUAAAACUAGAGUCCCUCCUGAUAACAUCGACAUACUUAUAGUAAAUUGUAGUGGAUUUUGCCCCUCACCUUCCUUGUCAUCUAUCAUUAUAAAUAAAUACGCCAUGAGAGCUGAUAUCAAGAGUUAUAAUCUCUCUGGCAUGGGAUGCAGUGCAAGUGCUAUCAGCAUUGACUUGGCUCAUACCCUGCUGAAAAUUCACAAGAAAUCUUAUGCACUCGUUCUUAGCACUGAAAUCCUAUCAACCGGUUGGUAUUCUGGUAAUGAAAAAGCCAAGUUGCUACUUAACUGCCUCUUCAGAAUGGGCAGUGCAGCAAUCUUGCUUACAAACAAAAGAGAAGCCGAAACAUCAUCAAAAUACAAACUUUUAUGCACAGUUAGAACCCAAAGAGCUUUUGAAGACAAGGCUUAUCUUUCUGCUUUUCGAGAAGAGGAUUCUGAAGGAAAACUCGGGGUUACACUCAAAACGGAUUUACUCCAAGUAGCUGGAGAAACUCUCCGUUCGAACAUAACAAUUCUUGGUUCAAAAGUCUUGCCACCUUUAGAAAAAGUAAGGCAUGGCAUUUCAAUAAUUCGUAAGAGGUUUAUUGACAAGUCAGGUGAGAUAUACGUGCCCAAUUUCAAGACUGUGAUAGACCAUUUUUGCCUGCCAACUUCAGGUAGGCCAGUGAUCAAACAGAUAGCAAAAGCAUUAAAGCUUGGCGAGAGAAACGUGGAAGCUGCUUUUAUGACACUACACAGGUUUGGUAAUCAAUCUUCUUCUUCGCUUUGGUAUGAACUAGCCUAUUUGGAAGCUAAAGAAAGAAUGAAGAAAGGCGACAAGGUUUGGCAACUCGGGAUGGGAAGUGGGCCUAAAGCCAGUAGUGUUGUUUGGGAGUGUUUAAGGCCUAUAAUUGGGGAGUCUAAUACGGGCCCAUGGUCUGAUUGUGCACAUCAGUUCCCAGUUAUGGCCAUUGAUUAAACUGGCUAUGCUUGGUUAUAUUUACUAAAAUGUGGCCGAAACCAAUAUAUUGUUAUUCCAGGAGGAUAUCUAUAUCUGUGCAUCGAACUCCAGAUGUAUGAGAUAUAUUUAUUAGAAUAAAUAAUUAUAUAUCUA